AUGUUGCGAAGAAGCCUAAGUGCCGAUAGGCCAAAUGAGUCUGGAAACUUCAAUGGAAUAGUUGCGCGGAAGAAAGGCCUAUGUGACCAUGGCGGCGAACUGUUGCGGAACACGUACGUGGUGGAGCUAAAGAUAUUACACGUUGGUAGUCAGAUUGACUUACUUUGUUACAAAUUGACGGAAAUUUCUCAUAAUUGUGAAAAAGAAAAAUUGCAGAAAUAUAUAAUAGAUGACAUCGUUGGAAGACAUCAACGAAUCAUACAAUUCUCAAAGAAUAUUGAGAAAAUCUUCACUUACAUAUCGUUAUGUCAAUUUGUAUCGAAUAUGUUAGUAAUCUGUUUCAUAAGUUUCAUUUUGGUGGUCUCUUCACAUCUGGAUCAAGCGACUGUGAUAAUAAUGAAAUGCUUUCCGUAUUACAUUGCUGUUAAUUGUGAAGCAUUUAUAUUAUGUUAUACUGGCGAAUAUCUUACUUCUAAGAGCGAAGAUAUUACUAAAUCUGUAUAUAAUUUUCUUUGGUACGAAUUAAAACCUCAAAAUGCUCGUGUUAUAUUAUUAAUGAUAUUGCGAUCACAGGGAAAAUUAACAUUAACAGCGGGAAAGUUUCUUUGCCUGUCUCUCGAGGCUUUUGCGAAUGUAAGACACUUGAGUUUAUAAUAUGAAAUGAAUAUAUAUAAAGUAAGAAUGUACCUAUGUUCCGAUUUUAUUAUUAUUAUUUUUUUAAUUUUUGUAAGUAGUUUCUAUGUAAACGGACAUUUUGCUUUUAUGUAAUUAUAGUAAAUUAAAAUUUUUAGAUGUUAAAAGCAUCUGCUUCGUACGUGUCUGUUUUGUACGCAAUGUACUGAUUUGUUGAAAAAUCGUUUCAAAGUUUUAUAGGUUUUAUUUGGGCACGGAAAAUUUUAACAGAAUUAUCAUAUUAAUAGACUGAUACAUUUGAUUUUCUUUGUAGAGAUAUGUAAAUAGAAGAACUUGAACUUAAUGAAUCGUUAUUUAAUUUCCCUAAUAUUUCACAAAAUAAGUGCACAAAAGAAAGAUAUCCCAAAUAAUAAAGCUUGUACAAGCUGCUUUAUUUAAAGCGAAUCGUGAUAUACGUUUACAGUGUAUUCUCAAAUUAUUCGCGAAUA